AUUUGUCAAUCCUUGUAAAUAUUUUGUGAACAAAAUGUAAACAUGAAUAUAGUUUUCAAUAGAUUGGUUUGAACAUUUUUAUUUCGCUACUUCGCUACUCAUGGUGUUAACUUAUAGCUAAAUAUUAUGAGUAUAGACGGAAAAAUGUCAACAAUAUAUAUGGUUUCUGGGAAUAACUUAUUCGGGCAGUGGUUACUAAAUGUGCCCAUCUUAGAAAAGUUUGAAAAAGUAGUAAACAACUACAGCCAGAAUCAUGAAUUCGAUGAUUUUAACACUAAAGAUCUUAAAUUAAUGCAUAUGUCAUGGUCUUACAAUAUUUUUCAAAGCCAAAAUAAAUUAUAUGCAUCUGGUGCCUGGGAUAACAAUGAGAAAGUCGUAAAACGGCUCAAUAUAUUCUGUGAAAAUGAAUUUAAAGCUUCAGAUAUAUUGGUUUCGGGUAAUGACGACUUUUUUUACAUAUUAGAUACCAAAAGAUUAAAAAUAUGGAUAAUGAGCAAUGAAUUUGAUAAAAUGUCAACAUUUAAUCUCAUGGAUUUAGAGUUUAAUUCUCUAGGAAAGGUGGAAAAAGACAACAAUCAUGUGAAAGUUGUCAAAAUGAUUGUAUCAAAUAAAUCUGUAUAUUUUUUAACAAAUGAUGGUUGUGUAUUUAUGGGAAUGCCGCCACAAUACUUGGAUACAAGGCAUUGUUUAGGAAAAGUUUGUGAUAUAGCUGGUGGAUAUGAGCACUGUAUACUCCUCACUGAUUUUGGUCUUAUCUACACAUGGGGAAGUGGAAAGAGGUAUCAACUUGGCCAUGGUGAUAUUGAAGAUUUCGAUAAACCUCAAGAAGUUCAUGCAUUAGCUGGUAUGAGAAUAACAAAGAUUGCUGCUGGUGGUUAUCAUUGUUUAGUACUAAGUGAAUUUGGAGAUGCUUACACAUGGGGUUGGAAUGAUGACGGCCAACUUGGUGUUUAUGACAGUCUUGAACCUCACCCCUGUACUGAAAAACCGAUUGAAUAUUCAGUACCCAAUUUAAUUGGUAUUUAUGAUGAAAAUGGAGAACUUCUUUAUACAGAUGUUGUUGAUAUAGCUUGUGGGUCGAAGCACUCAGCUUUAAAACUGGCAGAUAAUACAGUAUGGACAACUGGUUAUAAUAAAUAUGGCCAGUUGGGAUUGCCGUCAAAAUUAUUUCCAUGUAUUAAAUAUUUUAGAAAGGUAUAUGAAUCUUCUGUAGAUUUCAAGAUCUUGUGUGGAAUAUGGUCAACAAUCAUUGAAAUAACAGCGGCAGACAAAUAACAUAUUACGCUGCAUAAAUGGGCAUAUUGCACAACCUGACUGUUAUCGUUUUAACCAUAAAAUAAUUAAAUCAGCUGUAUUUAUUUUAAAACGAUUUAUGUAUUGUUCUAUGUUUUGAAGUGCAAUGUAUUUUUAU